GCAUGGCUCCUUCCAACAAUUGGGAUGACUCGCAUCUUCACAACGCGAUCCUUCCUUCCCUCCCUGCUUCCUUCCUUCACGACGAAACAUCUUUGCCAACCGCCGAUCAUCGGACCAUACCAUAAUAGCGUCCAUCGUCUUCAUCAUUGAUCACGAUAGAGUUUUCUUCGAUUUUCUUCCAGCGUCUUUUUGUUCGACUUUCGGUACUAGUACAUUAGGCAGUACUACUCGAAUCCUCUUACCGAUUGACCGGCGGCGCGGCAAUGAUGUUUUGUCUUGAGGAACGAGUCUCUUCUUCCUGGUGGGUCUCCUUGCCUGGGAAAAGAGAAAAAAGGAAGCAGAAUGGGUGCUCAAUGGUGAUGAUUGUUGGUGUCAGUAUUGGUGGUGACUUGGGUGGCUAUGGCUUCCCUUGUCACGUCUGUUGUUUCUCUUUUCUUUUCUACUCUUUCUUGAUGAGAUAUGACGAUGUUAUGACCAUAGUUUCUUUUGUUUUUUCGUUUAUCGUUUCGUUUUGUUCGUUACCUAGCCUAGCGUUUACCCAAAAGGAGCGAUGGGCGAAGGAAGAUGGGAGGAUGAAUAGGAGACGUGUGGCUUGGUGGUAUAUACAAUCUGAGGGCGGACAUGGAAGUUGGUAUAAUUUGUGUACGACGGAUGUUUACUACUGUUCAAACCUGAAAAGGGUGGAUGAAGGAAUGUCCUCACUAGUUACAGUUAUAUCAUAUUGAUCAUGUCUUUGCGCCCAAUCUCAUUCUCGCUGAACGGCACACAUGGUGUUUGGGUAGAUGUUUUUGUUUGCUGUAUAGUACAUGCUCUUUCGCGACAUCGCAGCAGUUAAUCUUCAAACCCAUCAGCGAACCCAGAUUCUCACAAGAU